AUUUUGCAUUAACCAACAUGGAGACUUGCACUAAAGUAACUAAUAAGACUUAGCUAGUCUUAGAUAAAUCCUGUAAAUGUAGCUUGUGAUAUGGAACCAAAUUCGACCAGUUACCAAUAAAUAGAAAUCUCAUCUGUUUUUUUUUUGUUUAAUGUAUGUGGUCAGUGGAUCGCUCUUCAGAACAAUAAAUAAGAUGAUGUUCAGAUUACGUAAACAGUUUUUGAUGGUGAUGCUGGUAUUUGGAGCUAUACCAGUUUUUUUGAUGUUAUAUUUGGUAAAUCAAGAAGAUUCUUCAACAUCAUUUAAUGAAGACAGUUCAUUGAGUUUACUAGAGUCAAAAUUAGCUGACAGAGUAAGAGUAGUAGAAUUUCAAAAUGGUCAUCUACGAAAACAGCUCAGUAUUGCUCAGAAUCAGUUAUUAAAGUUACAGUUAAGUAUGGUAACGGUAAAUGAUACAGGUACUAUGAGUAAUAGAACUAAGUUAAGAUGUAUUAGUACCGAACCUGAUGUACCUAAAUGUGAGGUUGUCCAUGUAGCCAUUGUUUGUGCUGGUCAUAAUUCUACUAGAGAUGUUGUCACACUUAUUAAAAGUAUUCUCUUUCAUCGCAAAAAUCCUCUUCAUUUUCAUUUUAUAUCUGAUCCAAUGGCCGAGUUGAUAUUAAAAACAUUAUUCUACACUUGGAAUGUAGCAGAAGUGCAAUAUAGUUUUUAUCGUGCUGAAGAUAUAAAGUCUGAUAUUUCAUGGGUACCAAAUCAUCAUUACUCCGGUAUUUUUGGAUUAAUGAAAUUAACUUUACCAAAAUUAUUACCAAAAGACAGAGAUAAGGUGAUAGUAUUAGAUACAGAUGUAACAUUUUCUACAGAUAUAGCGGAAUUAUGGAAAUUAUUUAGAGUUUUAAAAGAAAAACAGAAUGCAAUAGGUCUUGUAGAAAAUCAGAGUGAUUGGUAUUUAGGUAAAUUAUGGAAAAAUCAUAGACCAUGGCCUGCCUUGGGUCGAGGUUUUAAUACAGGGGUUAUUUUAUUAGAUUUAAAUAUGUUACGGGAUAUUAGUUGGAUGCAGAUGUGGAGAUUAAUAGCAGAGAAAGAAUUAAUGACCAUGUUAGCUACAGCAUUAGCUGAUCAGGAUAUUUUUAAUGCAGUAAUUAAACAGCAUCCAUAUUUAGUAUUAAAAUUACCAUGUCAAUGGAAUGUUCAACUUAGUGAUAAUACUCGUAGUGAACAUUGUUAUAAUGAAGUCUCAGAUUUAAAGAUUAUCCACUGGAAUUCACCAAGAAAAAUGAAAGUAAAGAAUAAACAUGUGGAGUUUUUUCGGAAUAUGUAUUUAACGUUUUUAGAGUAUGAUGGUAAUUUAUUACGUAGAGAAUUAUUUGGUUGCGGUACAACAAGUUCAUCUAAUCAAGUUGAAGAACAAAUUAAUGCUAUAAAUGAAGAUGAUGAGUGUUAUGAUUUUAGACGCGAACGUGUUAUUGUUCAUAGAACACACUUAUAUUAUUUAGACUAUAAUUAUCAACCAACCGAGGACGAUGUUACAUUAGUGGCUCAACUGAGCAUGGAUCGUGUUCAGAUGUUAGAGUUAAUUUGUAAGCAUUGGGAGGGACCUAUUAGUAUAGCUCUGUAUAUAUCUGAUGCCGAGGCCCAGCAAUUCUUACGCUAUGCACUGGGUUCAGAAACUCUGAUGGCUAGAAAAAAUGUUGGCUAUCAUGUGGUUUAUAAAGAUGGGCAAUUUUUUCCUGUAAAUUAUCUGCGUAAUGUGGCCUUAAAACAAGUAACCACGCCUUAUGUGUAUUUAUCUGAUAUAGACUUUUUACCUAUGUAUGGUUUAUAUGAAUAUUUAAAGAAAGCUGCUCCAAUGAUGGAUCUUAAAGAUCAGAAAAAAGCUUUAGUAGUUCCAGCAUUUGAAACACAGAGAUAUAGAUUAACCUAUCCUAAAUCUAAAGCUGAAUUAUUAUCUAUGUUAGAUAUGGGAACUUUAUUUACGUUCAGGUUUCAUGUGUGGGCUCAAGGACAUGCUCCAACUAAUUUUGCUAAAUGGAGAACAGCUACAACACCCUAUACUGUCAAUUGGGAAGCUGAUUUUGAACCCUAUGUGGUUGUUAGAAGUGAUAUACCUGAAUAUGAUUUGAGAUUUAUGGGGUUUGGUUGGAAUAAAGUUUCUCAUAUAAUGGAACUUGAUGCUCAGGGAUAUGAAUUAGUUGUUCUUCCUAAUGCAUUUAUGAUACACAUGCCACAUGCACCUAGUUUUGAUAUUGCUAAAUUUAGAUCGAGUUCAUUGUAUAGAAGAUGUUUAAAAGUAUUAAAAGGAGAAUUUCAAAGAGAUUUAUCUAAAAAAUAUGGAAUCAAAGCUUUAAAAUAUUUAUCUGUAGACUGAUUUAUAUAUGUGCCAGCAAUAUUCCAGCCAAAUUAUCAUCAUCAUCAUCAUCAUCAUCAUCAUCAUAGUUACCUUCAUACUCAUCAUCAUUAUCACCUUUAUAAUCAAAUUAGCAUUAUCUUUAUGUUAAACAAGGUGUGGAUUUUGUGGAAUGGAAAUAGAUAAAACAAAACACAAUACUGUUACAAACAACUUGAAAUACUAGUGAUAAAUACAUGGACACCACAGAUUAAAAAAUGUACAAAAUCAAAUUAAUGCAUCUGUGUAGUCGGCUUAUACCUGUAGGUGUCCAUUGUAGUUUUUAUACUUUAAUUAAAUCAGGUUCUGUUUAAUAACCAUUAUCAAUGUUAUUUAUUAGUUAAUGGCUUGUUAUUAAUUAGUUAA